AAUCUUUGAAAAUAAUUUUCAGAGCGCCAAAAAAAAAAAAAGAAAUUAAAAAUAAUUUCCAUGGCGGCUUCUUCAUCAGCUCCAACAGCACCUCAAUCUCUAAGAACAAAUUCACCGUCGUUAUUUCUGAAACAAUCCAAAUCGUUUCAGUUACGAUUUCCAUCGUCCUUUUCUUCAUCUAGAUUUCAGCUACGGGUGGAGUGCUCCUCCACGGCGGCGGCGGCGGCGGCGGAGAGGUACAGCGAUGAGGCGGCGGCGGUGGACGAAGAAAUGGACAAGAUCAGGAGGCUGCAGAACGGCUCCGACGUGCGCGGGGUGGCGCUUGACGGCGAGAAAGGGCGGAUGGUGGACCUGACGCCGCCGGCCGUGGAGGCCAUAGCUGAGAGCUUUGGCGAGUGGGUGGCUGGUGAGUUGGAGAAGGAGAGUGGAGCAGCGGCGGCGGCGGUUAGGGUUUCGUUGGGGAGGGAUCCUAGGAUUUCUGGACCGAUUCUGAGCGCGGCGGUGUUUGCCGGGCUGGGCCGGGCUGGGUGUGAGAUUUUUAUCAUGGGCCUAGAGAUAUAUCUAGCUAUAUAUAUGUAUAUAUAUAUAUACCCAUAUAUAUAUAUAUAUAUAUAUAUGAUGACGGCGUCUCAUUUGCCCUACACACGCAACGGUCUGAAAUUCUUCACAAAGAAGGGAGGCCUAACUUCGCCGCAAGUGGAGGAGAUUUGCGACAGAGCUGCCCGGAAAUACGCCAACCGCCUUGCCAAGGUGUCGACCGCACUUAGGGUUUUGCCUAAGAAAGUCGAUUUCAUGAGCGCGUACGCCAAACAUCUCAGAAAUAUCAUCAAGCAAAGAGUUAAUCAUCCCUUGCAUUACGACACCCCUCUUCAAGGAUUUCAGAUAAUAGUGAACGCCGGCAAUGGAUCCGGCGGCUUCUUCACAUGGGACGUACUCGACAAGCUCGGCGCCGACCCAUUCGGAUCUCUCCACCUCAACCCCGACGGAAUGUUCCCAAACCACAUCCCCAACCCCGAGGACAAAAUCGCCAUGUCAAUGACACAAUCGGCGGUCCUCCAAAACAACGCCGAUCUCGGCAUCGUCUUCGACACCGACGUCGAUCGGAGCGGCGUCGUCGACAAGCACGGAAAUACGAUCAACGGCGAAUGACUGAUCGCGCUCAUGCUGCUGCAUUUUGAUGAAAUGAUUGAAUUUGAAGAGAUGAUUUGGAGGUUUGAGUUUGAUUUCAAUGACUUAGAAUUGAUUCUUGGGGGGUUUGUCUUUCUGAGUGUGGAAUUUACAACAGGUGCUUACAUGGUGGUAAAGAUAAUAAUCGAAAUGGUGAGAAUGAAACUUGAAGGUUCGGAAGAAGGGAUUGGGAGCCUAAUAAAGGAUCUUGAAGAGCCGCUCGAAUCGGUGGAGCUCAGAAUGAACAUUCAGUCUGAGCUUAGAUUUGCAAAGGCAAACGCUGUCGAGAUUAUCGAGGAAUUCAAGAAUUACGUUGAGGAAGGUAGAUUAGAAGGAUGGGAAAUGGAUUCUUGUGGAGAUUGCUGGGUGAGUGAAGGCUGCCUCGUCGACUCCAACGACACUCCAGCUGCCAUUGAUGCCCUUAUGUACAGGGCCAAAGUUUCCGAGGCAGAAAAGGGAGAACAUGGGUGGAUGCACUUAAGGCAGAGUAUUCACAACCCAAAUAUAGCCGUUAAUCUUCAGUCCACAAUCCCAGGAGGUUGCCAAUCCAUGACAAUAGCUCUUAGAGAUAAGUUUCUUGUAGCUAGUGGCUUUGAUAAAAUCCUCGAUAUUUCUGAAAUCGACAAGUAUGCCAGAAACGGGAGACUUUGAAGACACAAAAUGUAAGUAAACACGAAUUUCUGUUCUUAACAUAUUCAUUAGUUUGUGAACCGAGAUUCCCACAGAUAUGCAAUUUUGUGUGUAUAUAAAAAGCAAAUUAUCUUC